ACAGGAGCAUGCGUCGAUAAGAAUCCUGGUGAAUGUGAGGCGAAGAAGUAUUUAUGCUCUAAUCCUGCUUAUCUUGAGCUGAUGAAGAAGUCUUGCCCUGCUACGUGUAACUUGUGUGGUUCAGGGUCGGGAGCUACUACUGCUUUGCCAGGAACGACUACUGCCGGAAGUGGCACUUGCUUGGAUAAAAAUAGUGCUGAGUGCCAGGCUAAGAGUUACCUUUGUACAAAUGCCGCUUACAAACAGUUAAUGACUGAGAAAUGUCCUGCAACUUGCGGAUUUUGCGGUCAGUCAGGUGGAUCAGGUAAUGCAGGAGUGACAACAGGAGCCCCGUCAGGUGGAGAAACUGGAACUUCUGCAUCUGGGUCUUCUUCGUGUACUGAUGUUAGUUCUGCCGAGUGUCAGCAAAAGAAAAACCUUUGUACAAAUACGUUAUACAGAAGGCUAAUGGAAGAGAAAUGUCCAGCAACUUGCGGGUUCUGUAACAGUGACGGAGGAGCUGCAGCGAAAACAACAACUGCAGCGGCAGCUGUGACAACGACGGCUUCAUCAGGGUCAGGUAACGAGUGCGUAGAUAAAUCGUCUAGCGAAUGUGAAAAGAAGAAGAGGCUUUGUACUAAUGCGCUGUACAAGGAGUUGAUGAUGGAAAAAUGCGCAGCAACAUGCGGUUUCUGCUGA